ACCCCUCCUCUCUCCCCACCCCAAAGGCAGGAAUUUCUGGGAUGGGCAGAUGGUCCACUCCCUCUUCCUCCUCCUUCCCCGAGCCCGAGUGGGUAGGGCGGGGAAAACUCCACGACUUUCCUCCCGUCUCCCAGCCCAGAGCCCUAAGUGCCUGCACACCGCGGCGACAAGGGGUGGUAGAGUGGGUCUCCCCGAGGGGCAGGGGUGGCGAGGCCCGCAGAAGAGUGGAGCGCGGAGGAGGCUGCAGUCCCGCCUCCCACGCCGCAGGCGGGGUGCCGCCGGGGAGCUCCGGCCCCAGCAGGAGCCACGAACAGCGCUCAGUGAGUCCAGUGGUUAGCGAUGCUGUCGCAGCUGCCACUGCUGCUGCCCUUGCUACUGCUGCCGCUGCUGAGGGCGCCGCGGGCCUGCGCCGAGGGCUUGCCGGCGGCGCUCCCCCGGGAGCGGGUCCUCGAGUGGCAGGAUAAAGGAAUAUUCAUUAUCCAAAGUGAGAGUCUUAAGAAAUGCAUUCAAGCAGGUAAAUCUGCACUGACCCUGGAGAACUGCAAACAGCCAAACAAGUACAUGCUGUGGAAAUGGGUUUCAAACCACCACCUCUUUAACGUAGGAGGGAGUGGUUGCCUGGGCCUGAAUUUAUCUAAUCCAGAGCAGCCACUAAGCAUAUAUGAAUGUGAUGCCACCUACGUUUCCUUGAGGUGGCGCUGUAACAGGAAGAUGAUCACCGGCCCGCUCCAGUACAUGGUGCAGGUGAAGCAGGACGACAUGGUUGUGGCCUCAAGGAAACAUCUCCAUAAGUGGAUUUCCUACAUGUCCGAUGGUGGGGACAUUUGUGAACAUCUUCACAAAGACAUGUAUACAAUCAAAGGGAAUGCCCAUGGGAUGCCAUGCAUGUUUCCCUUCCAGUAUAACCAUCAGUGGUUUCACGAAUGCACCCGGGAAGGCCGGGAAGAUGACUUGCUGUGGUGUGCCACCACAAGCCGAUACGAAAGAGAUGAGAAGUGGGGAUUUUGCCCAGAUCCCACCUCUACAGAGAUAGGUUGUGAUGCUCUCUUGGAGAAGGACCUCGAUUCACACAUUUGCUACCAAUUCAACCUGCUUUCAUUUCUCUCUUGGACUGAGGCACAUUCUUCAUGCCAGAUGCAAGGAAGUGCUUUAUUAAGUAUUGCAGAUGAAAGUGAAGAAAAUUUCAUAAGGAAGCACAUAAGUGGUAAAGCAGUAGAAGUAUGGACAGGUUUGAAUCAGCUGGAUGAAAACACUGGCUGGCAGUGGUCUGAUGGCACCCCACUUACCUAUCUGAACUGGAACACAGAGACGAACGUUGAUCCAUUUGUUGAAUAUCGCUGUGGAGUAUUUAAUACAUUUAUGUCAAAUGCCUGGAGGAGUAGGGACUGUGAGUUCACCUUGCCUUAUAUAUGUAAAAAAUAUCUAAACCACACUGAUCAUGAAAUAGUUGAUAAAGAUGCUUGGAAAUAUCACGCUACCCACUGUGAGCCUGGCUGGAAUCCCUACAAUCGUAAUUGCUACAAACUUCAGAAAGAAGAAAAAACCUGGAAUGAGGCUUUGCAUUCUUGCCAGUCUGAUAAUAGCACAUUAAUAGACAUAGCUUCAUUAGCAGAGGUGGAGUUCCUUGUAAACCUCCUUAGAGAUGAAAAUGCAUCCGAAACAUGGAUUGGUUUGAGCAGCAAUAAAAUUCCAGUUUUCUUUGAAUGGUCUAAUGGCUCCUCAGUCAUCUUUACUAAUUGGCACGCCCUUGAGCCCCGAAUUUUUCCAAAUAGAAGCCAGCAAUGCAUCUCAGCAGAACAAUCUGAGGGAUAUUGGAAAGUCAAAAAUUGCGAAGAAACCUAUUUUUACAUUUGUAAAAAAGCAGGCCAUUUUAUUCCUGAUGCUGAAUCAGGAUGUCAAGAGGGAUGGGAGAGACAUGGUAGAUUCUGUUACAAAAUUGACACAGUCCUUCGCACCUUUGACCAGGCUUCCAGCGGUUACUACUGUCCUCCUGCACUUGCGACCAUUACAAACAGGUUUGAACAGGCUUUUAUUACCAGUUUGAUCAGUAGUGUGGUGAAAACAAAGGACAGUUAUUUUUGGAUCUCUCUGCAAGACCAAAAUGACACAGGAGAAUACACUUGGAAGACCACAGGACAGAAGUCUGAGUUGGUGCAGUACACGCACUGGAACGCACAUCAGCCCCGAUCCAGGGGUGGCUGUGUUGUCAUGCGAGGCAGUAGUCCACUUGGUCGUUGGGAAGUGAAGGACUGUAGACGGUUCAAGGCCAUGUCCUUGUGCAAGCAGCCAAUCGAAAAUCGGGACAAAACUGAGCAUGAAGAAAGAUGGCCCUUUCACCCCUGCUACUUGGACUGGGAGUCGGAGCCUGGCCUGACCAGUUGCUUCAAGGUAUUUCAUAUUGAAAAAGUUCUGAUGAAAAGAACAUGGAGAGAAGCUGAGGCAUUUUGUGAAGAAUUUGGAGCUCAUCUUGCAAGCUUUGCCCAUAUUGAGGAAGAAAAUUUUGUGAAUGAACUUUUACAUUCAAAAUUUAAUCGGACAGAAGAAAGGCAGUUCUGGAUUGGAUUUAAUAAAAGAAACCCACUAAGUGCUGGUUCAUGGGAGUGGUCUGAUGGAACUCCAGUUGUCUCUUCAUUUUUAGACAGUAUUUAUUUUGAAGAAGAUGCAAGAAAUUGUGCUGUGUAUAAAGCAAAUAAAACAUUGCUGCCCUCACACUGUGGUUCCCGCCGUGAAUGGAUAUGCAAAAUCCCAAGAGAUGUGAGACCCAAGAUUCCACCCUGGUACCAAUAUGAUGCGCCCUGGCUCUUUUAUCAGGAUGCAGAGUACCUUUUUCACACCUAUGCCUCCGAGUGGUCCUCCUUUGAGUUUGUCUGUGGCUGGCUGCGCAGUGAUCUUCUCACAAUUCAUUCUGCACAUGAGCAAGAAUUCAUCCACAGCAAAAUAAGAGCGCUAUCAAAGUAUGGUGCAAAUUGGUGGAUUGGACUUCAAGAAGAAAGAGCCAACGAUGAAUUUCAUUGGAGAGAUGGAUCACCAAUAACAUACCAGAAUUGGGACAAAGAAAGAGAAAGAUCUGUGAAUAAUCAGAGCCAGAGAUGUGGCUUCAUUUCUUCCAUAACAGGACUCUGGGGCAGUGCAGACUGUUCAGUCUCUAUGCCUAGCAUUUGUAAGCGAACCAAGUUUUGGAUCAUUGAGAAGAAGAAAGAGACACCAAAAGAACAUGGAACGUGUCCCAAAGGAUGGCUAUAUUUUAACUCUAAGUGCCUUUUGGUGAGGAUCCCCAAAGACCCAAGUGAUCUGAAGAACUGGAUGGGUGCUCAAGAUUUCUGCAUUGAAACAGGGGGGACACUGGUUGCCAUUGAAAGUGAGGUGGAACAAGCUUUCAUCACUAUGAAUCUUUUUGGCCAUAACACUAAUGUGUGGAUAGGGUUACAAAAUAACGAUUAUGAAAAAUGGCUAAAUGGAAAGCCUGUGACAUAUUCUAACUGGUCUCCAUUUGAUGUAAUAAAUAUUCCAAGUCAUAACACUACAGAAGUUCAAAAAGACAUUCCUCUGUGUGCCUUGCUGUCAAGUAAUCCUAAUUUUCAUUUCACUGGCAAAUGGUAUUUUGAAGAUUGUGGAAAAGAAGGCUAUGGGUUUGUUUGUGAAAAAAUGCAAGAUACUUCGGGACACCACGUGAAUACAUCUGAUAUGUACCCAAUCCCCAAUACCUUAGAAUAUGGAAACAGAACGUACAAAAUAAUUAAGGCAAAUAUGACUUGGUAUGCAGCAAUAAAAGCCUGCCUGAUGCAUGGAGCAGAGCUGGUUAGCAUUACAGACCAGUAUCACCAGUCCUUCCUCACUGUUGUCCUCAACCGGCUAGGACACGCCCACUGGAUUGGACUGUUCACCACAGAUAAUGGUCUUCAUUUUGACUGGUCAGAUGGCACCAAAUCCUCUUUCACUUUUUGGAAAGAUGAGGAGUCAUCCUUCUUCGGUGACUGUGUUUUCGCUGAUAUUAAUGGACGCUGGCAGAGCACAGCCUGUGAGUCAUUUCUGCAAGGUGCCAUUUGUCAUGUGCCCACUGAAACAAAACCAUUUGAACACCCAGUGUUGUGCUCAGAAACAUCUAUUCCCUGGAUAAAAUUUAAAAGUAAUUGCUACAGUUUUUCUACAGUCCUAGACAGCACGAGUUUUGAGGCUGCUCAUGAAUUUUGCAAAAAGGAAGGAUCUAAUCUUUUAACAAUCAAGGAUGAGGCUGAAAAUUCAUUUCUCCUGGAAGAGCUUUUUGCGUUUGGUUCUUCUGUCCAGAUGGUUUGGUUGAAUGCUCAAUUUGAUAGUAACAAUGAAACCAUAAAAUGGUUUGAUGGAACACCCACAGACCAAUCAAACUGGGGCAUUCGGAAGCCAGACAUGGACCACCUCCAGUCCCACCAGUGUGUUGCCCUGAAGGUCCCCGAAGGAGUGUGGCAGUUAACCCCAUGUGAAGAAAAAAAGGGGUUCAUAUGUAAAAUGGAGGCAGAUAUUCACACUGUAAUGGAGCACCCAGGAAAAGGACCAAGUCACAGCAUUAUUCCUCUUGCAGUUGCAUUGAUAUUGAUAAUAAUCCUAGUGAUUAUCACACUGUCCUUCUACAUACACAAACAGAAUAGUGGCUUCUUCCGGAGACUUGCAGCGUUUCGGAAUCCUUACUAUCCUGCAACCAAUUUUAGUACAACACAUUUAGAAGAAAAUAUUCUCAUUUCUGACCUUGAGAAGAAUACCAGUGAUAAUGAAGUCAGAGACUAGCACAGCUCUGGAGAUAAGCAGAGAAGACUGCAGGGGGGAGUCCUGUCUGUAUUUCCCUUUAACUAUAUGCCAUAAGAAUGGAAUUGUGGGGGCUGGGGAUGUGGCUCAAGCGGUAGCGCGCUCUCCUGGCAUGCGUGCGGCCCGGGUUCGAUCCUCAGCACCACAUACAAAACAAAGAUGUUGUGUCCGCCGAGAACUAAAAAAUAAAUAUUAAAAAUUCUCUAAAAAAAAAAAAAAAAAAAAAAAAGAAUGGAAUUGUGUCACCGUUUUAACUAUUGUUAAAGUGAUUACUGGCUUUUAAUUGUAAUCAAAUCAGGUUGGGUUUGAUUUAUUCAUUAUUAUAAACUGUGAUCCAUUCUAAGAAAGGGGAACUUAUAUAAUGAUUAUUAUUCAGAAAGACAGGAACUAUUAAAAGAAACCCCUAUUGAAAACUCUCAAACCAAUGUGAAUAAUUGCUUUUGCACUAAUAUAAUCCUACUAAAUUUUUUUUUUUGGUAUUAUAAAACCAAGCUGGUACCUCCUGAGACAUUCACCAAAAUUCAUUCCAUUAAAAGAGCAAGAAAGAGGAAGUAAAACAAAUUUCUAAAUUCUACACUUAUAUAGGAGAGAAAUAGGCUUCUUACAUUUCUUGUUUGUUUCUAAGUCAAUCAUUUCUAAUAGGCAGAUUUGAAAAGUACUAAUUUAUUUCUAAAUUUCUAAAUUUCAAACAAUUUUUGGGCUCUCAAGUAUAUAUUAAUUUUUAGUAGGUGUGAUUUCUCAAGCUAAAGGGAAGAAAAAUUAUCUUUCUUUAAAUAGUACAGCUCUUGGUGAACAGUACACUUUCAUGAGCAACCACAUAGUUGAAAUGUGGCCUGAACCUCUGAACCUUUCAACUGCUAAAUGACUUAUCAAGUUUUAUAUUUAAAGAUACCUUAUAGAUAAACUUAAAGGAAUAUAUUGAUAUUUGAUACUAUUAAAAAUUUGUGGGAUUUAUUAUAAAUAUAUAAAAUAAUACAUAACUUUCUCAACAACCAGAGAUAUGAAACUUGAAUUUAAAAGGGAAAAAUUGAGGGUCUGAAUUAUAGUCCCAUAAGAAUGAGACUAGAGGUUGCAUUGGGAAGCACUAAAUAAAUUGCCCUCUGCUAGUGAUCUAGAUACCUUGUGUUAGGCUAGAUAGUUUGGUUAGAUAAUAAUAAUUACUACCAUCAAAUAAAAAAAAAAUCACAGGUUUGAUCUUCCUUUGUUAAUUUCUUACAAAGAAAAAUGGCUCCAUAUCAAUAGUCACAAGUUUACUCAUUGCAGAAGUGUUUGCUGAUCUCCUAUUAAGAACAAUGUGCUAGGGCUGGGGCUCAGCUUUAUAGAGUGAUCUCCUAGCAUGUGCAGGUCCUGGGUUCCAUCCUCAGCACUACAUAAAAAUAAAUUUAAAAAAAUAAAGGUAUUAUGUCCAACUACAACUAAAAAAAUCUUAAAAAAAAAAAAAAAAAAACAGAAGAAAAAGCCAGGGUACACAAAUCAAGGAGGUCUCAGUGUUUGUGGCACUUAUUCUCCAAUGAGGAAAAAUUAAUAGCACCCAGCAAAUAGUCCAUACAUAGAAAACAGUAAGUAGUUAGGAAAAUUAAAUACAGUUCUGUGACAGAAAUGGGGAAUUUCAGGCCUCCCUGAGAGCGUGCAUUUUAAUUGUUAAAACCAACUGCCUCAACACUGGUGGCCACUAGUCACAAGGGGGAGCUCCCGGAGAAAAUAUGAAUGAAUUUCCAAGUGGCAAAAAAGCCAUCUUGACAAACACAUAUGAAGAGCAUACUCUUAAGGACAGAGUGCUAGUGGACUGAAAUAGUUCAUACAACUUCCAACAGCAGUUUUUUGCUACUGCUGUGUAGUCUACACACUGGGACAAUAGACUUUCAUAAUUUUUUCUGUCUUAGGACUUCAUUUUUUCAAAGAUACAUAAUGUGGAAGUUGUAUAUUUACGACUCAAAAGAAUAACAAUUGACUUGAACUAACCAGAUGGCAUAAAAGCUCAAUUUAACAAUCUGUCAAGUGAAAUUAAAAUUCUGCUCUUUUCUGCAGAUUUGAUAAAAACUAUAACCAAUUAGCCUUCCAGGCAAAGGAUAUAGUCACACAUAACAAUUAGACAAAGGAUGUCAUUAGGAAAGUACUUUUGAAGAAAAAAAAAAAAACUAUUGCUUGUCAGUGCUCUGUAUUUUGAUAUUUAGUACUGAGCCAUAUCUCCAGAGAAACUGUCCCUUUGAACAAAUCAUGUAUUCUUGGCCAUUGCUGAAUUUUCAGAAAUAGAAAGUAUUAAAAUAUUUAAAAGUAUACGUGCUUUCUAAUGCAUGUAUACUUUUAAAAACUUUUUUCAUAUCUGUUUUUAAUCUGAACUAGAUUUUAUAGUCACAACAUAAAAAGAAAAAAAAAAGAUUAGUAGGGUCAAAACUCACACAGAACUAAUAUGUUCUCCCCUUUUAAAAGUCAGUCAUUUCCUAUGACUAACAGAGUAUCUUUAUAAACUCUGGGUAAUGAAGAAUAUUGAGUAUUCCAAGUUAGGAUAUCUUCAUUUCUGAUUCCAACAGUAUUCUUUUAGGUUAAAUGUUUCUUCUGUUGAAGGAUCCCUGCCCCAUCAAAGGUGGAUUAGAUGAUCUCUUUAGAUGAACAUUUGUUCUUGAAGUUCUUUUCCCUCCUUAAAAUGGCAGUUGAAUAUAUGGGAAGUUGCUGUGUCCUUCUGAUACUGGGGGGAGAAGGCCAUAACUGACCUCUGACAUGUGUCAUCUGGUAUCCACUGAGAGCAGCUGUCUGGGCCCAUUCCCUAGAGAUCUGCUGGCAACUGCCAGGAGGGUGUAGGUAGAGUAGUUUGUAAUCUCUUCUCUUUGAUUGGGCCCUAUCCUGGCUUUCUCUGGCACUGCCUCAUUUCCUGAGAACAGGUUGUGAUUCCCAUUCAGUACCCUCACAGGACACCGCAGUCUUGACUACAAGGUCACUUCAUGCCUACAAUGGAGAAACCCUAUCCAGCACAUCAGCUACUCAAUUAGUCAGGACAGGCUAAACACUAUUAACAAUCCCCAAAUCUUGGAAUUAGAGCUCAGCAAAGGUUUAUUUCUCACUCACAUCUACAUGAACUAGCAGGAGGACUUUGUUUUAUGCAGCCAUUUAUAGGUACAGGUCCCUGCUGUAUAAUGGACCUGCAUUUCCUAAGUGCUUGGAGUCUUCCAAUGGGUCUCCUACCUGUUGCUGACAGAGUAAGUUAACUGGAUAUCUACGUUUGAUUUAUGUAGUUUAUAUGAGCUUAUUUAUGUUUUGUUUAGUUUUUGUACUGGGGAUUGAACCCAAGGCCUUGCACAUGCUAAGCAUGUGCACUACCACUGAGCUACACCCUUAAGCCCUAUGUACUACUGAAAUAUAAUCUUGAAGUCAACAGUCUCCAAGCUGGGGACACACACUAGAUGGUACAUAAAAAUUUCCAAGAAACACAGGGCCAUGGGUAUUUUUAAGGAUCUCAGUUUCUAGAAUUUUAACUUCAUGUGUUAUUCCUGAUAGGAAGUGACUUAAAAUACCACUCUGGUUCUUUCCCACUUCUCUUUGUAUAAAUGGUUUUUUCCUACCUUAAAAAAAAUCUAUGAAACAUUUUUACAAACAUAGAUUUCAUACCAAAUCUUGCUACAAUGGCUUGCCUUUGGAAACUCCUCCAAGGCACUAAAGAAAGAAAUAAAAAGGCAAAAUAUUGGUAUCAGUGAAGUUUCUUCAAAUAAAGAAAUCAUAAACUUUAUUUGAAGAGCCCCAUGUCUUUCCCUGCCUUCAUACAUUUUCCCUUUUCAUACAUUUGUUAAGGAUGAAACAGUGAGUCAGAAAUGAGUUAUUGGGUCCCAUGUUCAUACUCUGGAUUGAUAAAUGGACAUGUAUCAUACAGUGGAACAGCAGCAGUGCUAACUGCCUUUGUUUGAGACCUUAGCUCAUCCAUCCACUGUCUAUUGCUUAUGAAUGUAUUUCUAGAAAGACUAUCUGGUGAAAGCAACAUGAAGAGAGUGUAGAUACUGCUGAGAAACUGACAUUGUGUGUUAUCAAGGUAAAAAGCUUUUGACUUUAUCUAUGUUGGAUUUCUGAGUAGUGAAGAUGAGUAUGAACAUGUCUAUUUUAACUAAAAAUGAAAUCAGACUUUUUAUGAUCAUUGACUUAUUUGGCUCAUUGGUUUGACAAUGGGAUACUUCUCAAGUAAUACAAACAAGAAAAAGAGGAACAGAAUCUGGAGAAAAAAAAAAGGGAGGUACUAAUUAACCCUGUCAGAGGCAGAGAAAAAGACUUAAUAGGGUAAGCAAAGCCUAAUAAGUGGUAGGACAUUUAGAUAAAACAGCUUCUUUGAUAUCUUUUUGAAUCAGAAAGCAGCUUUUUCAUUUAGUGCCAACUACAAAGAAAAGAUGGACCAAAUCUGUGUGCUGUUAACUUUUGAAUCCUCAGGGAAAACAUGAUCGCAGAAAUGACAUGUUACUACCUUUAUACUGUGGCUAAAUCCACUUAAGUCAGCUUGUUUAUAGUGAUUCCUAGUUAACACUGGAGUGAAUUAGAAGAGGUAAAUAAGUCUGGAUUGUUCAUCAUCAUGAUAUUCAAACACUAACUUACAUAAACAAUUUUCAUUUAUAUUAUAUCAUGUGUUAUAUCAGCAACAUAAUUAACAUGUAGUAUGGCUCUUAUAAUUCUUAGGCAUAAAAAUAAUGGCUUACAUUAAAAAAACUAAAAUUAAGUGAACAUUAGAAAUAAGCAUUAAAAUGUAUAUCUAUUUUAGAAAUAUUAACUUAGCUGUUUAUGGUUCUUUAAAGCUUUGGUUAAAUUUUUGGUAUCAUGGAUUAUAUACAAGAAUUUACAGAAUUUAUAAUUUUUUUCUCUAUGCUCACAAUUCAAUAUAAAAUGACUAAUAUUCAGAUUUGUUAAUUCUUUAUGUUGUAAAAUUUCAAGUACUGUACAAUCGUUUAUAUGCAAUUUAAAAAAUUGAGCUAUAAUAAUACUCAGGUUCAGAGAAAACGACAGUAUUUUAGAUAUACUUAUAAAUGUGUUGUACAUUUGUUUCAUCCCAUAAGUCAGUUCGAUUAUUGUUGCUGCAUUUUAAAUGUUUUUAGAGAAAAAUCAACAAAUGUGCCCAAUUCUGAAGUACCGGAUAAAAAAGCAAGAAUCCGCACGUGCUUACAAUGCCUAAUGAUGAAUUCUAAUUGCAGAAGAAAAUCUAUAACUAAAACCACAAAAUGAGCCCUCUGUAUACCAGUGACCUUCUUUACUCAGAGUUAAUUAACGCAAGCACUUGCUUCUUGCAGAGCACUUUGCUGUAAUUUAGAACAAAUUAAGGGGAAAAAAAGUCAUUCAAGUGCUGUUUUCUUCACACCAUGAAGUAAGCAUGAUGGACCAAAGUUAACUCAUUUAAAAUAUUAUCAUCCAUUUCUUGUAAUUGUAAGCAGCAAUGCCAUAUCUUUAAAAACAACAACAACAACAUCAUCCUGGCCUAUGCUAUUUUCAAUUUGUUUCCUGUGUUUCUGUUUAUUAAUGGAAAUUAAUUUCCAAAAUUAAUAUAAAAUGCCCUUUUCGAAUUCCCCCAUUAUGUCUUAUACUUACAUUGGAUUCAGUGUAUAUUUUUCUAGAUAUUUUUCAAAUAAAUAUAUUUUGAAUUUAA